CUACUGAGCUCACAUCUCAGUUUCAACCUCUUUCCAUUUGUUUGUUCAUUCCUCAUUUAAAAGAAAAACUAAACUAACAUUUUGGAGGGCCGGGGCAAAAAGAGAGGAGAGAAAGAUGGAUCUCCUUCUACUUCAGAAGGCAUUGUAUGCGAUAUUCUUCGCAAUAAUAGUAGCGAUUGUGAUCUCAAAGUUAAAAGGUAGGAAGUUCAAGCUUCCACCCGGCCCAAUCCCAGUUCCCAUAUUCGGGAACUGGUUACAAGUCGGGGAUGACUUGAACCACAAGAACCUCACCGGUCUAGCCAAGAAAUUCGGCGACAUUUUUCUAUUAAGAAUGGGUCAAAGAAAUUUAGUCGUGGUUUCGUCCCCCGAAUUAGCCAAAGAUGUUCUCCACACCCAAGGUGUGGAAUUCGGGUCACGAACCCGAAACGUCGUGUUUGACAUCUUCACUGGGAAGGGUCAAGACAUGGUGUUCACAGUAUACGGCGAACACUGGAGAAAGAUGAGGAGGAUAAUGACAGUACCCUUUUUUACAAACAAGGUUGUUCAGCAGUAUAGGUUCGGGUGGGAGGCUGAGGCCGCGGCCGUAGUCGAGGAUGUUAAGAAGAAUCCUGAGGCUGCGAGCAAUGGUAUUGUUUUAAGGAAACGGCUACAACUUAUGAUGUACAAUAAUAUGUACAGAAUCAUGUUUGAUCGAAGAUUCGAGAACGAGGACGAUGCUUUGUUUAACAAGCUUAAGGCGUUGAAUGGGGAGAGGAGUCGUUUGGCCCAAAGUUUUGAGUAUAAUUAUGGUGAUUUUAUCCCAAUUUUGAGACCUUUUCUUAGGGGUUAUUUGAAGUUGUGUAAACAAGUUAAGGAAAAGAGGUUGCAGCUUUUUAAGGAUUACUUUGUUGAUGAACGAAAGAAACUAACAAGUACCAAGGCACAAAGCAACAAUGACCUUAAAUGUGCCAUUGAUCACAUUCUGGAAGCACAAGAAAAGGGAGAAAUCAAUGAAGACAAUGUCCUCUACAUUGUUGAGAACAUCAACGUUGCUGCUAUUGAGACAACAUUGUGGUCAAUUGAAUGGGGAAUAGCCGAGUUGGUGAACCACCCUGAGAUCCAGAGGAAGCUAAGGGACGAGCUAGACACCGUAUUAGGCAAGGGUAACCAAAUUACCGAGCCAGACAUGCACAAGUUGCCAUACCUAAACGCCGUGAUCAAGGAGACCCUAAGGCUACGUAUGGCCAUUCCCCUCCUCGUCCCCCACAUGAACUUGCACGAUGCCAGGCUUGGCAGCUAUGACAUUCCUGCUGAGAGCAAGAUCCUAGUGAACGCGUGGUGGUUGGCUAACAACCCUGCCCACUGGAAGAACCCUGAGGAGUACAGGCCCGAGAGGUUCUUAGAGGAGGAGUCUAAGGUUGAGGCCAAUGGAAACGACUUUAGGUUCCUUCCUUUUGGAGUUGGCCGUAGGAGUUGCCCUGGCAUCAUCCUUGCCCUCCCUAUUCUCGGCAUUACUAUUGGUCGUUUGGUCCAAAACUUCGAGCUUUUGCCACCACCCGGUCAGUCUAAGCUUGACACCUCCGAGAAAGGUGGUCAAUUCAGUCUGCACAUCCUUAAGCACUCAACAAUCGUACUUAAGCCAAGGAACUAAAUAUAACCAACUACUAGCAAAAUAAUCUUUUUGCUCUGAUCUUUUUUUAUCUCUGUACUUUCACAGCUGAAUUCGACUUUCAAUCUCAGAACGUUUCAAUCUUUCUUCUUUGAUUUUGGCACUCUUGUUUUGUUAAUUAGUCCAAGUGCUGUUUUUAUUUAUUUUCAUUUUGAUUACAGAAUGUGUAAUGUUACAAGAACAAGAAUUUUCAAGCAUGAAAACAUUAUAGUUUAUGCGAUUGUAUACCUUUCUAUAGGACUCCUUAAUUAUAA